CAGAAGCGUUGAACGUCUGACGUCACUCAGACAAACCUUCAAAGCGUGCUUGAGUAACUAGAGUUCCAGAAUCCGUGCUGAAUUCACCAAAGCUGCAACUUCAUCAUUACCGACAGCAGCAAACUUUUCUGACCAACUCGUCUCCGGAUAAAUUCAUCUUGGCUCAUCUAGAAGCUUUUUCACGCGAGUUUAGCUUAGCUUUGUAUAGCUUAGCCUAGCCAAGGAGCCGCUAACAAAGACACGCACUUGUUGGCAUCGCUGACCAGAGAUCAAGCGUGAGUGUGAAUUGUUGUGAGUAUCGUGUGAAAAUGUGCGCAAAAAGCGUGAAAGACGAGUAUAAGGUGGACGUUUGCGGACCACCAAAAGAGGACCACGGUGGACUACGUCUACUACUCGACGCUAUUUUCAAGUUGCAUCAAGACGAGGUGUUUCACAACAGAGCAGACAAUAGUGAAGCCCAUCCUAAGCAGCAGGAGAACGACAAGGUGCAGGAGACGGACAUCACAAACUCUCCGUUGACUGUCGUAACGAUUGAAAAUGAUGAAGAUGGCGAAGGUGAUGGAGAGUGUCGCGAAGGCUCGCAAACACACGACGUCUCGGCUCCGCUAUCAGACAGUGACGCUACGUCACCCUCUGCUGAGACCGAUGACGACGAUGAGGAGGAUGAUGAACACUCCGAAGAUGACAAAAACACUGGCAAAAAACAUGUGAAAUGUUCUCAGUGUGACAAAACUUUUUGCAACAAGUCUUCGUUAACAAGACACACAAGAAUACACACGGGAGAAAAACCGUUCCUCUGCUCAAUUUGCGGUAAAAGAUUCUCCAUCAAGGGACAUUUAAUUACGCACAACAGAACCCACACUGGGGAGAAACCUUUUUCCUGUUCAGUUUGCGAUAAACCAUUCUCAACUAAGGGACAGGUGAGAACGCACACAAGAACACACACUGGAGAGAAAAGUUUUGCCUGCGCACUUUGUGGUUUGAGAGUGAAUCAAAAGAUUCACUUAAUAACCCACAUGAGAACCCAUACAGGGGAGAAACCUUUUACCUGUUCAGUUUGUGAUAAAAGCUUCUCUGUCAAGGGAAGCUUAAUUAGGCACACGAGAACACACACUGGUGAGAAACCUUUUGCAUGCUCAGUCUGCACUGCACGAUUUGGUGACCACUCAGCCUUGGUUCAUCACAUGAAAACACACACCAGGGAGAGACAUUUUGCCUGCUCAGUGUGUGGUCUUGCAUUCACUCAAAAGAUAAGUUUAACAGAUCACAUGAGUACUCACAAUGGACAUAAACCUUUUGCCUGUUCGGUUUGCGACAAAAGAUUUCCGAGAAAGGGAGAUUUGAGAAUACACACAAGAAUACACACGGGGGAAAAACCUUUUAAAUGUGCAGAUUGUGGACUUGGAUUCACACAAAAAAUUAGUUUAACAAAUCACAUGAGAACACACACUGGAGAAAAACCCUUUCCCUGCUCAAUCUGUGGGAAAGGAUUGUCUACCAAGGACCAUUUGAAAUUGCACACAAGAACCCACACUGGAGAGAAACCUUUUGCAUGUUCAGUUUGUGGUAAACCAUUCUCUGUGAAGGGACAAUUGCGAACGCACAUGAGAACGCACACCGGGGAGAAACCUUAUGCCUGCUCACUCUGUACCUCAACCUUCAGCGACCGUUCAGGAUUGAAUCAUCACUUGAGAAGACACACAGGGGAGAAGCAGUUUUUAUGCUCUGUUUGUGACAAACGAUUUGUUCUAAAAGGAGCUUUGACGUCACACAUGAAAAAGCACACUGGGGAGAAACCAUUUAGUUGCAGUGUGUGCGAUAAACAAUUCCCCCAUAGGUAUCAGCUUAAGAAACACAAGUGUGCUGGUGAGAAGAAGCGCAGUCAGUGAAGCUAAAAAAAAAAAGAACCAACUUUUUGUGGCAAGCUGUAAACGCAUAGCAUAUAUGUGAUCUGAAAUUAAAUUCCUGAAACUGAA